CAUCCAAAUCUCUGACGUCACUGGAAGGAUACGGGACGACAGGGCGCGACAGAAACAACAUUAGGGCCAGGUGUUGGAGUGGUUUCUUAUCGCAUUACCGCUUCUCCCUUCUGUGUUGGCCAGAGACAAGCCACCACGGCAUUCUUGAUUCACACCAGUUGUCUGAGAAGUUCGUAGAAGGAGCGUUAGCAAAGUAUCUGCGGAUCACACCGAAUCCUAACCAUGAUGAAACAGGUGUUGCUGUUGGUCACCUGUCUGGUCGUCAAAGGUCUUGCUGAAUGUCCUGACAUGUGCCCGUUCAUCUACGACCCUGUGUGCGGGUCGGACGGAGAGACGUACAGUAACGAGUGUUCUCUCAAGGUUCACGCCUGUCAGCUGGGAGGAGACAAGCUCACCAUGGUGUCCAGAGGAGAGUGUCCAGAGGUUAUGAGCCGGAGCCAACCAGCUAUAGAGAACCGAAAUGCUGUGUGCGUUGCUGAGAGGCGCGGCUGUCCCAGGAUCUACAAGCCCGUGUGCGGGUCCGACAAGCACACCUACCCCAACGAGUGCGAGCUCUGUCGGAAAAUGGCGGAGGCCGCAGUGAAGACGGAGAUCCGAGUCCGCCAUGAGGGUGAGUGUACCCCUGAAGAGGAGGCACAGGCAGGUGACACCAAGACAGGUGGCCGGCGGCUGUAGAUGACAGCUGCACCUGAGCUAGUGCAACAGCUGGUGGAAUACAUCCACAUGCUUACUGUGAAUAAACGUUCACGCAAUUCUGAAAAAGAUAAA